CAUAGACAGGCUCGCAUCAUAUAACAAUAUUCUACCCUUUUGCACACCCCCCGCUCGUGAAUUUUAAAUGAACUUUAUGGUGUGAGAGUUGAAGAAUAUAGUGGAACCUUCCUCGCACUAAUCCAAUGCUUCUAAAUGCGUAACGGGGCGUGAACAAGUACACACUCCUGGAGACCGGUGUGAGUUCAAUGGAAAUAUAGAUUUAGUAUAAAGUGAGGUAUAGAUAGCUAUAUGCACCUUAUACUAUACAGACAACUUGGACCAGGUGAUUUUCAGGAGCAUCAGUAAAAAUGAUACGAAAACGUGAACACUUGCUACUUGCUUUAGUAAUGGCUGGGGGAAUGGUUCUCUGCUGGCUUGCGCAUCGUGAGAAGACAUCUGUCUCUCUCAAUGAGGGUCCCAGUGAGAAUUAUGAGGGGUUAACAUGGCGCCAGGUGAAUCACCAGGUUGUGCUGAAUAACAGAUUACAGGGCAAGCAAGCCAAGCUUAUGGAACCAGUGAGGACUGAUGUGCUGACUGUAACCCCAUGGCUGGCUCCUAUAGUCUGGGAGGGGACCUUCGAUCCCCUGGUCAUAGACGAGGCCUUCAGGUCCCACAACCUCACCAUCGCUACCACUGUGUUUGCUGUAGGGAAAUACACUCGUUUUCUCCGUGACUUCUUAGAGUCAGCUGAGAAGCACUUCAUGGUGGGGCUGGAUGUGCACUACUACGUGUUCACCGACCUGCCCGGCGAUGUGCCUAGCAACGUGACUCUUGGUGUCGGCAGGCUGCUCAGCAUCGUAAGGGUGCCGAAGUUCGACCGCUGGCAGGAGAUAUCCCUCCGCCGCAUGGAGCUCAUCCAGACUGCCAUUGAGGAUCACAUCCACCGGGAGGCGCACUACAUCUUCUGCCUGGAUGUAGACAUGAGGUUCCAUGGCCGUGUGGGGUCCGAGGCGCUGGGGAGACUGGUGGCCGCCAUCCACCCCUGGUUCUACAUGUACCCCCGUAGCCAGUACCCCUACGAGCGGCGGACUGUCUCCACAGCAUCUGUACCCCAGGACCAGGGAGACUUCUACUACCAGGCCAACAUAUUCGGAGGAGCGCUGGAGGAUGUUCACAGGCUGACCAAGACGUGCAGGGAGCACCUGGAGGUGGAUAAGUCCAUGGGUGUUGAGGCUGUGUGGCAGGAGGAGAGUCACCUGAACUGGUACCUGGUGAAGAAUAAGCCCACCAAGCUGCUGUCACCUGAAUACGUGUGGGACGACGCUAGAGGACAGGAUACCAAGGAGAUUAAACUGGUCCGCUUCUCCUCUGUCAUCAAGAACAAGGCAGAGCAGACCAAGACUGCGUGAAAAUGAUGUACGGCCAACGGAAUUCCGUCCUGAUGCAUAACGAGGACCUGAGCCCUAGGACCAUGCCUCAGGACUACCUGGUAUGAUGACUCCU